CGGCCGCGCGUUCCUUUUUCAAACAUCGGAAGUAAAUCGAAACGGUGUUCUAUUUACAAACUAUUCAAUCGUUAAUUAUUUGUUUACUGUGUCUAUUGUUUAUGGUUGUGGAAUGUCGUUUAAAAUUGGAAUGCACAUAAUGUAAAGGAAACAAGAUGGCGGUUUCCGGCGAGGUAUACGAGGACGGAGGAGUCAAGUUGCAUCCGUACCUCAUUGCUUUAGCACGAUGGUGCGUGUCCUGCCUGUGGAGUACGGCAUCCGCCAUGUUGUAUCGUCUGUUGACCAACCCACUACCACAGAUCACAGCUCCAAAGUACUCAAAGCCGCGGCCCGCGGGCAAGGAGCACCUGCACCCGGAGCCCAAAGUUGAGUGUGUGGUGCUCCAUCAACCUGCGACACCCAAGGUUGACGUCAUCUUCGUACACGGACUGUAUGGUUCCCUGGGAAACACCUGGAGACAAGGAGAGUGGAGGUCCAAAUACAAAAUAGAACCAAACAAGAUAUCCCUCAGACGACCCAGCUCCAUCCCAGCCUGUGAUUGUAACAAAGCAAAAGACGCAUUUAAUGAAGAUGCAAACAAAAUUGAAAGUAUUAAGAACAGUAUCAAACUAGAAAACGAAAAUAUACUCAAUUUCAACGAUAAAGAAAUCACAUUUACAAACAUAGAUGAAUAUUAUAAGAAGAGGAUUACGGAUGAUGAAGUGUUCAUAACUGAGAAGUUUUAUAAAGACGGGGACCAGUGUGAGGUUGUUGAUAAUUAUGAUGCUCAAGCGAAGUUUGUGAGGGACUUGUUUAAUAUGGAGAAUUUGAAAGUUGAGAAGAAGGGGAAUGAUAAUUGUAGGUGUCGAGCGGAGGAGACACGGUGUGAGGUGGGUUGUGGCUGCAUUUGUGAUGAGUGCUACUCCGCGUGCUGGCCCCGGGACUGGAUCAAGGAGGACUACCCCCACGCUAGGGUCAUAUCCAUCAACUACACCAGCGACCCUCAUCUGUGGAGACCUCUGUGGAUCAAGCAGUGCAAGCGGCUACACCUGCACGAGCGAGCAGAGCAGAUGAUCGCACAGCUGCUGGCACUAGGGGUGGGGCGGCGACCCAUCGUGUGGGUGGGACACUCCAAGGGGGGGUUGUUCAUCAAGCAGAUAUACUGUGAAGCUUACGAAGCCUAUAUCGAAUUACAUGGAAAUAAAAGUGGAGAAAUUAAUGAUAAUGUGUACAAAAAACAAAACUGCGACGAAUACGAUAAAGACAACGAAAUGAAUCACAAAGCUGACAGCAAUAUUGACAAUAAUGAUCAUGAUGAUAAUGAUGAUAAUGAUGAUGAUGAUAUGAUGAUCGAAGAAAAUAAGGGUAAGGAUGAAAUGGGUGUAAAGGAAAUACAUUUAGAUGAUACGGGUAAAACAGAACAUGAACAAGUUUAUGAAGAAAGCAUAGAAUAUAAUAUAAAUAAUGAUGAUAAUUCCAGCAAUAUAAGUGAUAAUUGUAAGAAUAAUUUAGAAUUGAGAUAUGAUGAGAAUGAUAUAUAUGAUGAUAGCUCAGCUAGUGAAAGUUCUUGUGAUUUGAGACAAGCGAAGGAUGGGAAUAGACCAGGGUCAUCAAACAGAAAAGAAGACCUGUCGAAGCGUGCUCAACUAUGGACCCUGAGCUCUGGUUUCAUGUUCUACUCGGUGCCUCACCGGGGCUCCCCGCUCGCCGACAUCAAGACUCCCUUAACGGCGCGCUCCAUCGAGCUGCUGGAAAUGGGACAAGAUUGUUCGCUAGUGACGGGGCUGCACGCGCGCUGGCUGAGCGCGGCGGCGCGCUCUCCGCCGCUGGUGCGGAGUCUGGUGGAGACUACCAGAACACUCAUGGCCGUGCUGUGGCUCAGGAUAGUGAGCACCGACUCUGCUGAUGCCGGUAUAGGCGCGUUGUGCGGCGUUUCCGUGGACCACCGCGAAAUAUGCAAGCCCUCGAGCCGACACUGUAUUCUUUACACGGAACUCAAAGCGCUCAUACACGCCGCCUUAGAAAAAUGCGGGAAGUAACGCCAUCUAGCGGCGAAUAGCUGAACUAAACGUCUACAUUUCGGCGG